AAUCUCCUUCAACACUUUCUUAUUGUUCUGGUUACAAAACCUUUAAAUCUCAUAAUGAAUUCAGGCUUUGUGAUGCAAGAGAACAACAAAAAUUAGUUGGAAAUAAAAAAUUAGAAAAGGCUAUAAAAAAAAAUUUUGAUCCUCUUUUAAAGUUUGUUGUGGAUGUUAAAGAGUAUCAAAGAAGAAGAACAAUGCCGCUAACCUGGAAAGAUCAUAAUA